AGUCUCUUGCAUUAAAUUAUUCUUAUUUUUGUUACAAUGAGAACCCCAGAAUCAUCUGAAAAGAUUUUCAGUAAAGAAAAUAGAACUGAAGACAUACCAUGGCUGUACGAUAUAAGUUUAGACGAUACCAACUGGAUAAUAACAAGUUCGUUUAUGAUAUUUACUAUGCAAACUGGCUUUGGAAUGCUCGAAUCUGGAUGCGUAUCAAUAAAAAACGAAGUAAAUAUCAUGAUGAAAAACGUUGUGGAUAUAGUAUUAGGUGGAUUAACUUACUGGAUAUUUGGUUAUGCGUUUUCGUUUGGUCGAAGUUCAAUGAGUAAUGGUUUUAUUUCUUUCGGUGAUUUUCUUGUUGAUCCAGAUAUUUCCGAUCCCAUGAUGGGCGCGAUUUAUGCUGCGUUUAUUUUUCAACUUUCGUUCGCAACGACCUCUACGACAAUUGUGAGCGGCGCAAUGGCCGAACGUUGUAACUUUAAAGCAUAUUGCAUAUUCAGUUUUUGGAAUACGUUGAUGUAUUGUAUACCAGCUGGUUGGGUCUGGGGAGAUCAUGGAUUUUUGAAAAAAUUGGGUGCCGUUGAUAUUGCUGGCUCGGGUCCUGUUCAUCUAAUCGGUGGAACUGCUGCAUUAGGUGCGGCAAUAAUGCUGGGUCCCCGUAUUGGUCGAUAUGACAAUGGGAUUGCCCCAUUACCAUUGGGUUCACCAGUAAAUGCAGUUAUGGGCUUAUUCGUUCUUUGGUGGGGCUGGUUGGCAUUUAAUUCGGGCAGUACUUACGGAUUAAGUGGUGUUAAAUGGCAGUACGCAGCCAGAGCAGCCGUGAUGACCAUGAUUGCAUCCUUCGGAGGUGGUACGGUUAGUUUAAUGUAUUCCCUGAUCAUUGAUAAGGGUAGGAUAGAAGUUAUUGCAAUUAUAAACGGAAUACUUGGAUCGUUAGUAGCCAUUACCGCAGGAUGUUUCUUAUAUGAAGCAUGGGAAGCACUAGUUAUUGGAGCUAUAGGUGCAUUGAUUGUAUGCAUUGUCAUGCCAAUUUUUGACAAGUUAGGAAUAGAUGAUCCAGUUGGUGCUAGUUCUGUUCAUGGUGUUGGUGGAAUUUGGGGUGUGUUGGCAGUAGGUAUUUUUGCUAAUGAUCCGGUACCAUUAGGAACAACGAAUGGUCUUAAAGGAUUAGUCCAUGGCGGUGGCUGGUAUUUACUUGGAAUACAAGCGUUAUCAUGUUUAUGUCUAACACUCUGGGGCACAUUCUCAUGCAUGCUUCUACUUUGGCUAAUUAAUAAAAUUGUCCUUAUCCGGAUGGAAGUACACCAUGAGUUGAUGGGUGCCGAUUUAAUGGAACAUCAUAUUAAGCAUUCACAGGUUGGCGUAUCAAGAGCAAUGUCCGCUCUAAGAGAUAUGAUUGACACAUCGGAUGUAGAAAAUAUAGUGGGUGUAGGAUUAAAUCCCGGACAUGACGUUAAUCUAGUGAAACUUAAAAAUUUAUCAAACAGAAGACGUUAUAAAUUUUCGCGCAUGUUGCAAAACAUAACAAAGAACCGAAAUUUUGGUAUAAACACCGCGAGGAAAUUAUUUCCAAAGAAAAACGAAUUGCGAGCGAGUUCAGCACUGAGUACCAAAAAACUAUCGGUAACUUCUUUGAGCAAAGGGAAAGUCACACCUUUACCUAUGCCUGUACCAAGUAUAACAACAAAGGUACCACCGCCACCUCUUCCAUGGUUGGAUUAAAGUUGGGUUAACGUCUUGGAAGUCACAAAAGACACACACCACAAGCACAAACAUGACACGCCUUAAAUUAUAAAUUAACACAAGAAACAACGUUCAAGCAAUUAUGUGAGAUAUAAAAUAUUAUAAUAUACGUAAAGUGCUUAAUGUAUAUGAGCCUUAGAUGUAAAAUAAAUAAAUUUAUAGAUGAAAAUCA